AUGGCAACCGCCUAUACACGGUCUCCCACUGCACUCAAUCCCAUCCGUCAGCAAUUCUUGAAUUCUCCUCCACAGCGCAGGCCAGCUUCUCGGCUGCAUUUUGUGACAGAGUUCUCGCAGUGUUUGUACGAUUUUGUCGUCCAACUCCUCCCCACACCCGAGGAGCUCGCGGUGAAGGAGGAUGUCCGCAAGCUUCUCGAGCGCCUCAUCCGCACCAUCGAGCCCGACAGCCGGCUGCUUUCAUUUGGCAGCACGGCCAAUGGAUUCAGCCUUAGAAACUCUGAUAUGGACCUCUGCUGUCUGAUUGAUUCCUCGGAGCGACUCGCCGCCUCAGAUCUGGUCACCAUGCUAGGAGACCUGCUUGAGCGAGAGACGAAGUUCCAUGUAAAGCCGCUGCCUCACGCACGGAUACCCAUCGUGAAGCUCUCCCUCGAUCCAUCACCCGGCCUGCCCUUCGGCAUUGCGUGCGAUAUCGGCUUUGAAAACAGACUGGCACUAGAAAAUACGCGUUUACUCAUGUGCUAUGCCAUGAUCGACCCAACCCGUGUACGGACGAUGGUCCUAUUCCUGAAAGUUUGGAGUAAGCGGCGGAAGAUCAACUCGCCUUACAAAGGCACCUUGUCAUCGUAUGGUUACGUUCUGCUUGUAAUCUAUUUCCUAGUACACGUGAAGAAUCCGCCUGUACUUCCAAAUCUGCAACAAAUGCCGCCUCUGCGUCCUAUCUCCAAAGAGGAUACACAUCUUAAUGGAUACAACAUCUGGUUUUUCGAUGAUAUAGAGCUCUUGCGUCAACGAUGGAAGUCGUCGAAUACCGACACCGUCGCCGACCUACUAAUUGAUUUCUUCAAAUUCUAUUCCCGCGAUUUCGCUUAUAGUACUGGCGUGGCCUCUAUCAGAGCUGGUCUCCUGAAUAAGGAGAGCAAGGGCUGGCAAAAUGAGUUUGAGAAAACAAGUCUGCGAGAGCGCAAUCGGCUAUGCAUUGAGGAUCCAUUUGAGAUGGACUUCAACGUUGCUCGCUGCGUGACCAAGGACGGUCUCUACACCAUCCGAGGCGAGUUCAUGCGUGCGUCACGGAUACUGCAAUUCCGACCGGAACGCGCCAUCGUCGCGCUCGCCGCACUGUGUGAAGAGCGUAAGGGCGAGGAGCUGUUACAAGCCUCUCCUUCACGUGCGGCUUUCGCACCGCCUCGCCUGCCUCCCCAGAUCCCGUACACUGUCGGCAGCAGCCCCAUGCGUCCCACCGGAGUUCCUGUGCCCGCAUCAGUCUCACCCCCUGAGCCUGCGGCCGUGCCCGAGGAAUCUUCUCCGGGCUCUCCAACUCCGGUGUCGAGGCCAACACCCUCUGCGCAGGUUCCAAUACGGCUGCCGCUCGACCAGCUCGAGCAUAUGGCGCCGAAGCGAGGGAAGUGGACAAGUCCCCCGCCGCCAGAAGCACCUGAGGAAGACCGCUCGGCAUUUGAGGACCGCCUCGGACAGGGCCUAGCGCGUGCGACUGCGCCGAGCUCCGCGUGGGUGCCAUACCAGCGCCAGGGGCAAGGCUACUCCUCGUCGAAUAGCGAAGUGCAGACGGACGACGACGCCCGCUCGGACAUGGUGGAGUCGGACGAUGUGCAGUCCGUACACUCGUUCACGGAGGAGGGUGCCAUAUACCGCCAUCGCGAGCGACUGCGAACGGUCACGCCGGGAAGCGAGCAACAGAUACAGCUCUUGGAAGCCCAGGCUCCGCAGGCUGAGUUAGAUAGGUCAAAUUUUGCGUCUGGUUCAGGUGCUGGUUCUGUGCCUCGUGCGAUGCCAGUGUCUCCGCAGGGUCACGGAGGGGGCGGACUCGAUGCGAAGAUGCUUGCGCGACUGCGAGGACGCCCGCCCUCAAAAGUGACUCAACAUCUGAGUAAGGUGAACGCGGUGAAUCUGGGAGCCAGAGACAUGGAUGAAGGGUUUGUUCCACCCCACAUAGACACCCCACGACGCUCGUUGUCGGGUCCUUCGCGGACGUCGAACAAGUUUUCCCAGCUCGCACUGCCCACGCUAGUCCCGACGUUCCCGGCCCCACAGGCGUACAUUCCCAAUGAACAGAUGCACACAGCCUCUCCAGCCUAUCCGACUGCGUUCAUCCCCAAUGCAAACGUGUUCUAUGAGACCACCCCGACGAAGGAUAGAAUGAUCCACAUGAGUGGAUACGCCUUACCCAUGCGGUUCACCUCCUCAUACCAGUUCUAUGAACAUUCUCCUGUCCUCGCCACAUCCCAACCACACGCUUUCGCUCUCCCAGGACGGUCAACACCCGGGAGCCGUUCACCGUCGUCCACCACGUCGUCUCCCCGUCAGCCCAACAUCUCGCCACGGCAUCUUCCGCCAUCACUCCGGCGGAUGAAGCUGUCGGAGGGCGUGCCGGAGAGGGAGCCCUCUGUGCUCGAGAACGCUGUGCCUCUGACUAUGGCCAGGAGCCUCUCGCAGACGCAGGCUGGCUAUCCGACUGGCACCGUGUCUCUGCAGAGUCAGCAGUAUUCACUGUCGCUUUCGCCCUCAUUGUCGCAAAUUAGCUUGCACUCCCCACCCACUCCACCUCACUCCCAGCCAUUCUUGCAUCAACACAGCGCGCAUCUGCCCCAUUCAACGCACUCACAACCACAUUCGCAUGCACACCCACAUAUGCAUUCGCAUCAACAUCAACAUUCAAUGCAUUUGCAUUCACGUCCACAUUCAUAUCCGCGUUCGCUCUCGCCGCAGCCUGUGUCGCCCUUUGCUUCUCCCUCAUCAGGGAGCGCCUCAUGUACAAGCUCGCAAUAUGCCGCAUCGUCGUCACCCUUGUCAACGUCACCCCUAUCACUGUCACAUAGCGAUCUGCCGCCCCAGAAACCUACAGUUGGAGACGUCAACGAGAGCGAGAAGACCCCGAUUGAGUCUCAGCAUCCUGCAGAUUUGGACGCCCAGGUUGACUGCAAUUUAAACGACAAUGUGCAUCCACCGCAGCUGCAGGAAGUAUCUCACCUCACUCCAGGAUCGCUGUCUCUUAACCAGGGCGUAGAAGAGGUCCUACCGAUGGGUCCUAUGGAGUCUUCUACUGUGCGAUGGUAG